AUGGCCCCUCUAGGCCCACCUAAGCUUCCAAGCGGCGGACAAACGCUGGUCUACCACGAAGUUGGUGGCCAUGAAGUAAAGCUGGAUUACUAUCUCCCUCCACAUGUUAGUGGUAGCCUCCCAGUCGUGAUUCACUACCACGGCGGAGGCAUGACAGCGGGAUCGCGCCGCGACGACUUCCCCCACUGGCUCUACGACGGCUGUCAGGAGAAAGGCUACAUCUUCGUCUCCCCAGACUACCGCCUGGCCCACCCCUGCACCGUCCUCGACAUGAUCGAGGACGCCAAGGCGCUGAUGCAGUUCCUGGCCUCGGACGCCUUCGAGCAUACCCUGCCGCCGGGCCUCACCGUCGACACCCGCCGCAUCGCUGUCGCCGGCUCCUCGGCAGGGGCCUACCAAGCCCGCGCCGCUUGCGUCUACGGCUCGCCCAGGCCCGCCGUCCUCAUGACGGCCUUUGGGCUGGGAGGCGAUCUGCUCCUAGACCACUGGACGAACCCGCGCCCGUCCACGGCGCUGGCCGCCAUGGUCGACCUCGGAAAGGUGCCGGCCCUGCUGGCGGACUGCUCGGUCGUCAGUGAGGACAAGGCCACAGGCCCCUUACCCAUCACGGAGCGGUUUGCGCUCACCGUGCGCUGGGAGAUCGAUGGGACGAUGCUAGACGGGAUUUUUGGGCGGCAGGAUCUGGCUGGGAAGCUCAGGGGUGUCCAGUACGAUAAGAGAGCAGCCUUGGUUCCAAGAGAUUUGAAGGCUGGUUUCCUCGAAUUUUUCGUCGGAGACGAUUAUCCGCCGUCUGUGUUUGUGCACGGAACGGCAGAUAAUGUGGUGCCUGAUGUGGAGAGCGUGAGGCACCAUGAGCAGCUUAAGACGCUGGGUGUCAAGACGGAACUGUUGCUCGUUGAGGGUGCGCAGCACGGGCUCGCAACAAGGAAUGCGGAUGGGUCGUUUGGACUUAUACCAGAUGCUAUCAGGGCAUAUGCGAGGUCGUUCGUGUUCAUCGUCGAAGUUUUCGAGGGUUUAUGA